AGAAUCUUGUGAGCGACCUUAGUGAACGCCAGUCAAGUUCAGCGAUUUUUCCUCAAGUUGCAAAGCGAAAAGUUUAUUGGUGACUUUAAAUUCAGCUUCCUUCAAUUACUUACUGUAUAGUGGAUACAAUAAUUACACUCAAGACUUGAGAAUCCAAAAUGGUAAAAACAUCAGCAGUUGGAAUUGAUUUGGGCACGACCUACUCGUGCGUGGGUGUGUUCCAGCAUGGCAAGGUCGAGAUCAUCGCCAACGACCAGGGCAACAGGACAACUCCUUCGUACGUCGCCUUCACCGACACCGAGCGUCUGAUUGGUGAUGCUGCCAAGAACCAAGUCGCCCUCAAUCCUGUCAACACGAUUUUUGACGCCAAACGACUGAUUGGGAGAAGGUUUGAUGACCCAACCGUUGCCGGUGACAUGAAGCACUGGCCCUUCAAAGUGGUCAAUGACAGCGGCAAACCAAAAUUGCAGGUCGAAUUCAAGGGAGAGAUGAAAACAUUUUCUCCCGAAGAAAUUUCUUCAAUGGUGUUGACCAAGAUGAAAGAAAUCGCCGAAGCCUACCUGGGAGGGGCUGUAAAAGACGCAGUAAUUACUGUACCUGCUUACUUCAACGACUCUCAACGCCAAGCAACCAAGGAUGCUGGCGCCAUUGCUGGCCUCAACGUCCUCAGGAUUAUCAACGAGCCAACAGCUGCAGCCAUCGCCUACGGUCUCGACAAGAAGGGAACCGGCGCCGGUGAGCGCAACAUCCUCAUCUUCGAUUUGGGCGGUGGAACUUUCGACGUUUCCAUCCUGUCGAUCGACGACGGUAUUUUUGAAGUGAAGGCCACUGCUGGAGAUACUCACCUUGGAGGGGAAGAUUUUGACAAUCGCCUCGUCAAUCACUUCGUUGAAGAAUUUAAGAGGAAAUAUAAGAAAGAUAUCAAAGAUAAUAAGCGAACUUUGCGACGACUGAGAACUGCGUGUGAACGAGCCAAGAGGACCCUAUCCUCAUCUGCACAAGCUAGCAUUGAGAUUGAUUCGCUUUACGAGGGCAUCGACUUCUACACAUCCAUCACUCGCGCCCGAUUUGAAGAAAUGUGCUCUGACCUCUUCAGAGGAACCCUGGAUCCUGUGGAGAAGUCGCUUCGAGAUGCCAAAAUGGAUAAAGGACAUAUCCACGAGAUUGUAUUGGUUGGAGGUUCAACUCGUAUUCCUAAAAUUCAAAAACUACUACAAGACUUCUUCAACGGCAAGGAGUUGAACAAAUCAAUCAACCCUGACGAAGCUGUUGCCUAUGGUGCUGCAGUUCAGGCUGCCAUUCUAACCGGUGACAAAUCUGAAGCCGUUCAAGACCUUCUCCUCCUCGAUGUCGCCCCACUAUCCAUGGGCAUUGAGACAGCUGGUGGAGUUAUGACUGCCCUCAUCAAGCGGAACACUACCAUUCCCACUAAACACUCGCAGAUCUUCACCACCUACUCCGACAACCAGCCCGGUGUGCUCAUCCAGGUUUACGAAGGCGAGCGCGCCAUGACAAAAGACAACAACCUCCUCGGCAAGUUCGAGCUCACAGGCAUCCCUCCUGCUCCUCGGGGCGUGCCUCAGAUUGAGGUCACGUUUGAUAUCGACGCCAAUGGCAUCUUGAACGUGUCUGCUGUCGACAAGUCCACCGGCAAGGCAAACAAGAUUACCAUCACCAACGACAAAGGUCGCCUCAGCAAGGAGGACAUCGAGAAGAUGGUACAGGAUGCCGAAAAGUACAAGGCAGAGGAUGAUAAGCAAAAGGAGAAGAUUGCCGCCAAGAACAGUCUUGAGUCAUACUGCUUCAACAUGAAAUCUACUCUCGAAGAUGAUAAACUCAAAGACAAGGUGCCAGAAGAGGAUCGCAAAAAGGCUCUAGAUGCUUGCAGUGAAGCCAUCAAGUGGCUGGAUGCAAAUCAGCUCGCAGAUAAGGAAGAGUUUGAGUUCAAACAGAAAGAGGUCGAGAAGAUUUGUUCUCCUGUAAUUACCAAGCUCUACGGAGGUGCAGGUGGAAUGCCCGGUGGCAUGCCAGGUGGUAUGCCAGGUGGCAUGCCUGGAGCGGCAUCUGGUGCUGGUGGACCUACUAUUGAGGAAGUAGAUUAAGUGUUCCUACUCUCUUAGUUAUGAUUCCUAUGUCUUCGUCUGUACGUAAUGUUGAUUUUCUGAAGCUAGCAUGUUCAUGUUGAUGGAUUAAUAUCGUAGUAGAUAAUAUUAUAAUAUUAAGGGUUCAGUGUUGUGAAUUUCAUCACCAAAGUGUCGAGAUAGUAUGUGCGGAGUACGAUUCUGUUUCUCAGGAUCGCUCAUGACGGAACCUCAGUCUUUUUCUGUUGACGAACUUUUUCUGCAUUUUUUGUGAAAUGUCGGUAAGGAAAAGUCUUUUUAUUGAGAGGAAGUAUGAUGUUCUAGUCCUGUGUUCCUUGACAAGAUUUUUAUUUUAUUACUCUGAUUUUGUAUUGUCUUGUUCAUUUUCUGUUUGAGGAGUUAAUAAAUUAUCUCGUUA